UGUAGUGCUGGAGGAUUGAUAGGAAGCCAGUGUGCCUGGAGCACCGUAAGCAAGGGAUAGGGAGGCAUGAGAUGAACUGGAGAGGUGUGCAGGAACCAGAUCUUGAAAGCCCACAGUAAGGAGUUUGGAUCUGAUUCUAAGUGCAGUAGGAAGCCAGUGGAGGAUUUUAAGCAGGUACAAGACAUGAUCAGAUUUAAGUUAGCAGAAGUCGUUUCGGCUGUGGCUUUGGCUGGCUCACGUGCCCAAAGUGGGCCUCCCAAAAUAUGAAGGAACACAGGCAAAUUUAAGCUCUCUAGCCUUUCAUUUGACUGGAGAAUAAGUAAUAAAAAUAAAGGGGGAAUGGUGGUGGCAUUUACUGAAACGGGGAAAACUAAAUAGAACAUAGUGCAAAAGGGAUGUUGUAAAUGAGUUUGAGACUUGGAAAGGCGAGCAGGGGUCAGAUCAUGAAGACUCAUAAAUCUGGCAAAGGGGGUUGGACUUGAUCUUGUAAACACUGGGGAACCAUUUGCUUUAAAGCUGCUUUUAAAGGUUUUAAGCUGAGGCAUGCCAUGGUCAGAUUUGCUUUCAGAAAAAUCACUUUGGUAGCCAAGGCAGAGAAAGGGGUAGAGAGCAUAACACUGGAGCAAGGGAGGCCAGUGAGGCUCCUGGGAAUACUGUCUGGCACCAGUUUGUGAGGCCUGAAUUAGGGUGGUGACAGCAGAGAUGGAGAACACAGAUAUGAAAUAUGGCAGGAAGUAAAAUCAGUAGGAAUCAAUAACUGGUAAGAUACUGUGGGGAGAAAGGAAUGGGGGUGGGGGCGUAGUCAAGGAGGAUGGUUAGCACUGAUUGGCCAUUCACCUCACCCUUGCUCCAGAUGGAUAAGGUAGACCCAGCACCAGAUCCCAAGGAGGUGACAGCCUUAAAGUCUAGAAGAACUCAAGAAAUGGAGCAACAGAGCCGAUUCUACACUGUGUGGACCAGAGGAAUGCAGGUGGAUGUUAAAGCCCUGAACAGCCAGGUGGAAGAGGAAAAGCUUCGGAAGGCAAAAAAGCAGAGCAAGAUGGCAGCUUAUGGUACCAACCAGGUGCGGUAUGAUAUGGUGGCUAAGAUGCUAGAGAAGGAACAGGCAGAACGGACACGUCGGCUGGCCAAGAAAAUGCAAGAGUUUCGGAAGCAGAAGCAGCAGCUCAAGAAAAGGCAUGAACUUCACUUUUGGAAUUCAGACCAAUUCCAGAGGGAGUUUCCAGCUCUUCUUGGUGACAAUGUUCCCUACUGGGGCCCAGCCAGCCUGCAGUGCUUCUCUGAGGAAGAUUUGGAGAGGACCACAUGCCUGAGAAUGCAGCAGGAGGAGUUCAUGCACAGCUUGGAGAGGCCACUGCAAAAGCAACAGCAAGCCAGAGUUGAGGAGAACCAUGCAGAUACGCUCAGUGAACAGCUGCGCCUAGCCGCGGACUUGCAGGCCACCCAGCUGGCCAAGCUGGAGGAGUGCUGCCGCAAGGCCAUAAUGUAUGCCACGGCCAAAGCCAACAAGGCCCAGGCAGCUAAGAUGGCUAAGCAGCAGCAGCACUGUGAGCAUCAGCACCAACAGGAGGCCAACGUCAUGGAGAUCCAAAACCCGACCACAAGUGACCUACUGACUGAUAAUCCCCAGGUCGCCCCAAACCCUAUGGCUCCCCACAGGGUCCUGCCCUAUCCCUGGAAGGGCAUGACUCCAGAGCAGAGAGCUACCAUCAGGAAAGUACAGGAGGUGCAACACCAUGAAAAGGAGACACAGCGCCAGACCAAACAAGCACUGGAUACCAAAAGGGAAAGCCAGCCCGUGUACGUGGCCCAGGCAGCAGUGGAGCUAGAAGAGCAGGAGAGGGAGCUGUGUACCAAAUUUUGGAGGGCACUAAGCUCCUUCAACUAGCAGCUGGCUAAGGAGCAAAAAGACCAGUGAGUUCUAGGGGGUGGCAGCAGGGAUGAAUGCCAAGGGGGGGGGGUGGAGACGGACGGCAAGGGCCAGGGAGAGAGGGAAAGCCCAUCACCUGAGGCCUCUGGAUUUCUAUCUGAAUUCAUUAAUCUACACAAAUCAACCUACAGCCCAAUAUCACUUGCAAUUCAACACCAGCAGCCGCUGAGCUCAGGAUGGUCAUCUCUCCCUUGUCCCCCAUCCAGCUCACAGAGGCUGAGUCAAGAGGAAGAUGAUGCAGACCCCCUCCACCAAUCCAUUUCCCAGUGGGACAGCUAAGCCAGUGCUCCGACCUUUGACCUUAGGUAAUAAAGUUAUUCACUAAAAUCAAGGCCACGUGUUGUAACAGGACACAAAAGGUGUGAGGUACUGCCUUUCCCACCCCACCCCUGCAC